UCCAUUUCAUUUUAUUUUUCAAUUUUGCCCCCCUCUCCCCUAUCUCACAUACCAAACAUAGAAGGCGGAAUAUUAAUUCUAAAAUUCCUCGCGAAAAGCUCUGAACCGAAAUUAAAUUUCAAAUUGAAAAUUAUGCUCUGAAUUUAAUGCUUUUUGCAUUGAAUAUGUUCGGUGCAUUGAUUGAAUUGACAAUUCAAUGUGGUUUAAUUGGAAAUUUAACCAACCAUCCCCUUUCCCUGGAAAAUGCAUCUAAUUAUAUUAUCUGGUCAGCUUUGGGGGGGAGGAGGAAUUUAUUAGAAUUUCUAUAUGCUACACUGCACAAAUGAGUCUCAACGAAUUUACAAAAACCGCAGCCACGUGAUUGAGUUUCUGUGGCUACUUUGUGGGCACAUCUGUGCUGCUAUAAAAUGCCCCGGAAUGCCUGGUGGUUGCACUUGUGUUGAGAUGGAGAUCUCCGGGAAGAGUGCUGUUGUGACUGGAGGUGCAAAUGGAAUUGGUUUGGCCAUUGCUGAGCAACUUCUUGCGCAAGGAGUGAAGAAAAUUGCCUUGUUGGACAUCCUGCAGGAGGAGAAUGAAGAGAUUUCUUCCCUACGACGAAAUCAUCCGGAAGCCCUCAUUGAAUUCCUCUCAGUGGACGUCACGGAGAUGAAAUCCUUCCGGGAAAGCUUCCACGAAAUCACGGAGAAGUUUGUGAAAAUUGACAUUGUGGUGAAUUGUGCGGGAAUUUUCGAUGAAUGCGACUACGCGCGAAUGUUCAAUGUGAAUGUUUGUGGUGUCAUCAAUUCCACCAUGUUGGCCAUUGAGCAUAUGCGUCAAGAUGGCGGUGGCUGCGGUGGAA